GCCGCGGCGCUCGGAGCGGGGCCGCUGCCGGGCAACGGCGUGAGGCGGGCGGGCCUUCCGCUUCCGAGUCAGCGGGGCCGCGCCAUGGGGCGGAGGAGGAAGACCCUGCACGACUACGCGGCCGAGUUCUCGGAGCUGUCGGUGCGGCGGGAGCCGGCGGGGUCGGGGCCGGGCCCGGCGGGCGCCGUGGAGACGCUGCUGUGCACGCCGUGCCAGCUGCCGCUGAGGGUGCGCCGCGACCGCAUCCUGGAGCACCUCAGCUCGGGCCGCCACUGCCGCAACCGCCGCCUGCUCCGGCAGCUCGGGCUGCGCGCCCCGGGGCUCCGCUCUGCAGAUCCUGACUCCAGCCUGAACCUGAGCCUUCCCCUGCCACUCGACGUGCCCUCCCUGCUCUCCCAUCCCUCCUUCCUCAUCACCACUGAAUCUGGCACCGGCUACAGCAUGGUUCCCUCCCCACCCUCCUGCCACAAGCUGCUGGUUCCUCAUCACCCCAUCCCUGCCACGCAUAGGGACGACCCAGCACCUUCCACCAGCCACCCCUCACUGCUGGCCACCUUCCACAGCAGGACUGCCCCUCUUGGCCAGAGUGGGCCCGCACCUGAUGCCUCCAACAGCCCGACACCCCCCUCAUCUCACGGUGGCAGCGGCGUUGGCCUCGCGCUCUUCGGCACAGGGCUCGUGAGCACAGCCUUGUUGCAAAGCCUGCUGGAGGAGGCGGGCUGCUGCCUGUUGUACGUGCUGGAGGAUCAGCUGGAGGAGGUGGAACAACGUGCCUUCGGUGCCCAGGUCCCCGGUGGUGCCACCGUGCUGCGGCAGCAGGAUGCCAGCGUCGCGCUCAGCGAUCCGCGAGUCUCUGGAGCUAUUAUUUGUUCCCCACCUGACAAAGCCCCUGAGAUGGUAAGAGAUGCCUUACGAGCAGGUAAAGGUGUGUUCUGCGAGGGGCUGCCCAGCUUGGACAGACAGACAGCAGAAGCCUGUUUCGAUGAGGCCGACAGGUGUGGGAGGCCACUCGUGUGUGGGUUCUACAAGCGCUUUGACCCAGCCCUGCAGUUCCUGUACAAGAAGGUGCGGGACAGCCAGGCCCUGGGCAGGAUCCAGCGGAUAUGGACCCGCAGCAGCCUCUAUCCUGCAGCCUCUCUGAGCCUGCUGAAAGCCUCAGGUGGAAUUUUUUACAAUGCUGCCGUGCAUGACAUAGAUAUUAUCAGUUGGUUGUUGGGAGAGAGUGUACCAGAUAUAGUAUUUUCCCUGGGCCAUGCCUUCUGUGCAGACAUGGGCUGCCUGAGGGACGUGGACACGGUUGCCAUCAGCAUGAAGUUCCCCAGCGGAGCCAUUGCCACUCUGGACAUCAGCCAGCACUGCACCAGGAGCUGUGACCAGCGGCUGGAGGUUCACGGGUCUCAAGGGACGUUAAGGGUGGACAACCAGAACCCCCUGGGCAUCACAGAGCAUGGGACUUCUGUGUCCAUCUGCCCCCAGACCCAAGCUGAGCGCUAUAGAGAUGCAUACAGGGAGCUCUUCCGGCACUUUCUGAGAACCCUGAAAGGCCAGGAGCCCCCCGUGGUCACCAAGGAGCAGUUCCUCUGGACAAUGCAGGUCGCUGAAGCAGCUGAGCAGUCCUGGAGGGACGGAUCUGCUGUGGACUUGCGCAGCAGUGCCACUGGAGUCAAGGCUGAGCUCCUGUGACAGCCACUCCCCCCCAGUGGCCUCAGCAGGAGCCUGGAGGAUGGCUUUGGUGUUCCCACUGGGAAUGCCCAGCUGACAGAGGCACUUCUGAACCAGGAGCACUUGGUGCUGGGGCAGUGCAGGGUUCCUACCAUGUCAGCCAGAGCCUGCAAGAAAUUCCCUGUGGUUUCAUCCAGGUGGCUUUUCCUCCUGGAGAGUGCUGCUGGCCACAGAGCUCUGUUUCCCUGGGAGAAGAGUGAUGCUCCUCGGGCCAGGCAGGGUGGUUGUAGGACCACCAAUAGCUGGGAUGAGGGAGAAAUCUCCCCUUGGAGAGGGAACAGCCACUGCCUGCCUGGAGGAGAAGUCACAAGCAGAACCCUUCCCAGCAGUGCCACAAGGGAGGAUUUAAUACUCAGGAGCAUCUGUGAGAUAUAUUUAGAUUGGAUAUGUGGAAGGAAUUCUUCCCUUUGAGGGUGGUGAGGGGCUGGAAUGAUUUCCCAGAGAAGCUGUGGCUGCCCCUGGAUCCCUGGAAGUGUCCAGGACCAGGCUGGACAGGGCUGGGAGCAAGCUGGGAUAAUGGAAGGAAUUUUUUUUCUUUUUUUUUUUUCUUUUCUUUUUUUUUUUUUAAUUGAAUUACAACAACAUUCUUGACUUCUUCCAUUUCAAGGCAUUAGUUUAUAAACUUCUCACAAGAGCCUUUAGUUCAAUCAAUUUCCAAUUCCUACCUGUGGAAUAUAUACUCCUAAAACUAGAAAUAAUGGUGAAAUUUAUGUUCUUUUUGGGAAAUUGUUUUUAACAGUGUCAUUUUUCAAGCUCAGAAAAACUGUGUCUUAAUGCUUGUUGUCCAUUCCAUUCACUUUUCUUUAGUCAUUUAUGGAGAAAAAAAAAAAGUUUUACGUGUUCAGAA